AUGACAUUUGGAAAAGGACUUGGAUGUGAUUUCGUUAAGAAAAGCUGCUUGUCAUGGAUGAAAAGUAAAAAGGGACCUCUUCCAUUUUGUACGCGAGAGAGUGACCUGACAUGCAGUGCGGAUCGCAAGUCAAAGGUCAUCUGUAAUUUUGCUGCCGGAAUGAAGGUACCACCUGCAUACGAUUACAAUGUACCAGGUCUUUUUAAGGAUGACAAGGGCAAUCCAGUAGAAGGUGGUGGUGAGAAUGUGAUGGCCGAUUACUGUCCCUAUUACUCAGUGAGUUAUGAUGCUCAUGUCGGCUUUUCUAAUUAG